UCAUUAUCCGACUUUAUCUCUCAACUUUGCAAACAAUUUGGAAUAGAACCUGGUUCUUUUAAUUAUGGAGACAAGGAACAUUUUGGUUUAAUGUUUGAUGAUAAAAUUAAUUUUGUGACUGAACAAAACAAAAAUUUGAUUAAUCAGGGUUUUAUUCUUAAAUUAACCGCUUCUCCAAUAAAUUAUGCAAAAUAUUUCUUUAAAAAUUUGUCUUCAAAGAAUUUGUUGUCAGCAGAGAAUUUAUCUUUGUUUUCCUCUCUCUGUCAGGAUUUUGUGUUUAUUGAAGCCUUUACUUGCUUACAGGUUUUUUUUUUGAAUGUUUAG